AUGUGGGAUAAACUUGAGGUCGCUUAUGAAGGAACAUCAAAAGUAAGAGAUACAAAAAUUGAUGCUCUAAGACACGAUUAUGAAGCCUUUAUGAUGAAAGACGAUGAAAACAUCGAAUCAAUGUUCACAAGAUUCAGCAAGAUUAUUGGAGAACUCAAAUCGCUUGGAGUAACCUAUACCAACUCACAACAAGUUAGAAAGCUUGUUAGAAACGGAAAUCUGGAUAAGUUCACCUAUGAUGAAUUAAGAGGAAAUCUAAUAGCUUUUGAAAAGAAUCAUAUAGAAAGAUACCAGAAGGACGAAAAGAAGAAAGUGGUCGCUUUCAAGGCUCAAGUUGAAGAAUCUGAUGAUGAUUUUAAAGAAGAAGAAGUAGCUAUGAUUUCGAGGCAUGUGAUAGAAGCCAUGAGAAGAUCAAGAAAUAACAGAAAAGGAAGCUCAAACUUUAGAAAAGGCAAGACCCCCACUGGACAGCAAAAGAAUGACGAAAAAUGUUAUGAAUGUGGAAAAUAUGGCUAUAUUGCAUCUGAAUGUCCUGAGAUAAGAAAGAAACCAACCAGAGGUUAUCAAAAACAAAGAGCCUUCAGCAGUUGGAGUGAAGAUGAGAUCUCAGAUGAAGAAUCUGAAGAAGCUGAAAAUAUGUGUUUCAUGGCUCUCGAAGGAGGCAGUAAGAUUCUUCCUGGAAGCAGAAAUAAAAAUGAGUACUCUCUGGACUCUGUCAAAAAUCCUAAAGGUCAUAUAUGCCUGGCAUCAAUGGGAGAAGAUCCGUGGAUGUGGCACAAGAAGCUUGGGCAUGCUAGUAUGCGAUUAAUUGAAAAACUAACAAGACAUGAUCUUGUAAUAGGAUUUCCAAAACUCAACUACACAAAAGAUCACUUAUGCGAUUCGUGUCAAAACGGUAAACAAACUAGAAACUCCUUUAGUUCUAAAGAUAUUGUGUCUACAUCAAAGCCCUUGCAAUUACAUCAUAUGGAUCUAGUCGGUCCUACUAGAACUUCCAGCAUUGGAGGAAAAAGGUACGCAUUUGUUAUAAUAGAUGAUUUCUCUCGGUUUACUUGGGUAAUAUUUCUUGCUCAUAAAGAUGAUACUUUAAAGAAUUUUAAGUUUUUUUGUGAGAAAAUUCAGCGUGAGAAAGGAUAUUACAUCACUUCCAUUAGAAGUGAUCAUGGAGGAGAAUUUGAAAAUAAUGCUUUUGAAGAAUUCUGUAAUGAUCAAGGAUACACACACAAUUUCUCCUCACCUCGAUCUCCGCAACAAAAUAGUGUAGUUGAACGAAAGAACAGAACCCUUCAUGAUAUGGCAAGAACAAUGAUCAUAGAAACAAGCCUACCACAUCACUUUUGGGCAGAAGCGGAAAAUCUUGGUAAGUUUGAUCCUCGGAGUGAUGAAGGUAUAUUUCUUGGUUACUCUCCUACUAGUAGAUCUUAUAGAAUUUAUAACAAACGUACUUUAUCUAUUGAAGAGUCUAUUCAUGUUGUAUUUGAUGAUACUAAUCACCUGGCCGAGAAAAGGAAAAUUGCAGAUGAAGAAGACAGUCAAAUACUUACUGUAGUGGUUACAAAAUCCACUGAAGAAAAGACACCCUGUGAGUCGACUUUUGAUGAACCUCAGUCGACUGAUGUUACUAUUGGAACAGUUCCAAACGAAUAG